AUGAGCACCGGACUGGAAAACGCUCUACUCUUAUGCGACAUAUUAUCAGUUCUGGAUCGAGCCAAUCCCAAGAGUCUUUUGAAGGCUUUCGAACAAGAGUGUCUAGGUCUCACCGGGCCAGUUCUAAUCACAGAGGAUGGUUCUCGUCAACCGCUGUUCAAUGUUUUCGCAUGGGAGAAUAGAAACAUACAAUUGCUCUUGAGCAUAUCUCCUGAAAUGAUGCCUUGCAACGAGACCUCAUCAGGCAAUUGUAGUACUUAUGUCUUCAUCAAAACCUUUCGCCAAAAAAGGGCAUUGACGUUCACACGAGCGGAAAUCAAACACUUGGAUCAGCUUCGAAAUCUCUCUAAUAGUAAUCUGAACCCGUUCAUUGGUAUAUCGUUCAAUCAGGGACGGGAACUGAUGGUAGUGUGGACGUAUUGCCCACGGAGCAGCCUUGACUACAUCAUAUUCGAGAAGGAACGACGCUUUGGACGAACGUUUCAGUGCUCAUUUCUAAAGCACAUCCUCAAGGGUCUAGAGUAUAUACAUGGCAGUUCCAUAAAGUUUCACGGAUCUUUGUUCUUAUCGAACUGUGUUGUUGAUGCGAACUGGGUGGUCAAACUGACCGACUUUGGUCUCCAGGAAAUUAUUUGGGACAAGAUGCUGCACAAAGAGCUUUCAUGUUUUCAAGGAGUAGACGUCGAGCGCCUUCCUUUGACAUUUGUUAUAGAAUACCUGCAACUUCCUCCGGAGAUGCUGCGUAACGUGCUCGCUGAAGGUCUACUCGGUAGUGGAUCAGCAAAAGCUGACGUCUACCAGCUGGGCAUGAUCGUGUAUCAAAUACUUUUUCAUGCAAGACCGUACGCAGAUAAGUCUGGCUUAACCACGAAAGAAUUGGCAUCGAUCAUUUGCGACAGAUUUGGGGACCGUACCGAUCAGCCGUUUUAUCCAACCGUGGCAGAGCAACAUGAAUAUACCACACGACUGCUUUCAGUCAUGCAACAGUGUUGGGCUAAAGAAGUGGAAAUCCGGCCAGAACUCUACGUGAUCAGUGACGCAGUGGCUAGAGAGUUUGAGAGCGAGUGA